GUUUCCGCGGGCGUAUACGCUGUAUCUUMAAAUUGUUUUUGAUCAUUUAACUACCUGGAUUAAAUAGUAUCUGUAAAACUUUCGUGGRUUUUGGUAAAGGAGACACAACAAAGUAAGGUACUGAAUAAACGUUCCURCCCUGUAGACGGGAGAAAUCAAAGACAUAAGCAAGGAAGUGACCAGAUGAGGAACGUCAGACUCUCACAGGGAUAAGUGUCCUUCAGAUGUUGGCUGGAGAUGAUGCUGGUCUUCACCGGGGCAUGGAUUAAUGGGACGCAGAGAGUCCAAGUGACUGAAGGCCUGGACAGUUUCUGGGUGCUCAGAAGAGACAAAACAUGUGCAUUUUGUGCACUUCUAACGUUGCAAGGUAGCAGAAGAAAAUAGUAGCACGUUGAACUUGGAGCAGUACAUUUCAGGAACCUGAAAGUCAAAGUAAUAUUCCUACACUUCCUUUUAAAAUGAAUUUCCUGUCAACCAUUGUGACAUUUGAGAACCUCCAUGAGGUUCGGAGAUUGUGCCACUGGGGUCCAAUCAUAGCUUUGUCUGUCAUCGCUAUAUGUUCAACCAUGGCAAUUAUAGACUCCAUUAUCUGGUACUGGCCGCUAGAUACUACAGGAGGCAGCAUUAACUUCAUCAUGCUCCUCAACUGGACUGUGCUGAUUCUCUACAACUACUUCAAUGCUAUGUUUGCUGGACCUGGAUACAUUCCUCUUGGCUGGAAACCAGAGACUCAACAGGAUUCCCUGUACCUACAAUACUGCAGAGUGUGCCAAGGGUACAAAGCUCCCAGAUCUCACCACUGUCGAAAAUGUAACAGGUGUGUGAUGAAGAUGGACCACCACUGCCCCUGGAUCAACAAUUGCUGUGGCCACCUAAACCAUGCCUACUUCACCAGCUUCCUGCUGCUGGCUCCACUGGGAUGCUCCCACGCUGCCAUCAUCUUCAUCAUGACCAUGUACACACAGCUGUAUGAGAGGAUAUCAUUUGGCUGGAGCACUGUAAAGAUUGACAUGAGUGCUGUUCGUCAGUUCCAGCCGCUCAUGCCCUUCAGUGUGCCUGCUUUUGCUGCCACACUAUUUGCCUUAGGUUUGGCACUGGGUACAACCAUUGCUGUUGGAAUGCUUUUUUUCAUACAGAUAAAAGUCAUCAUCCGAAAUAAGACCUCGAUCGAAUCCUGGAUCGAGGAAAAGGCCAAAGACAGAAUACAGCAUUACCAAACAGGGGAGGAGUUCAUCUUCCCGUACGACCUUGGCAGCCGCUGGCUGAACUUUAAACAAGUCUUUACCUGGUCAGGGACCCCCAAAGGGGACGGCAUUCAGUGGCCGGUUCAUCCCAAGUGUCACCAGCACACCUUAACUAUAGAGCAGCUGAAGCAAAAAGCUGACAAACGAGUAAGAAGUCAGGUCCAGUACCAGGUAGUGGAGGACUAUAAUGGAGCCUGCUGCCCACUCAACAAGGGCAUCCAAACUUUUUUCAGAACCCCCUGCACCGAGGAGCCCAGGAUCCCCCUGGUUAAAGGGGACAUCAUCCUGGCCACCCGUGGCACAAAAUGGUGGAUGUAUGGAGACAAAGUUUUAAAYGAGGAGAAACUGAGAGCUGGAGAACGCAUACGAGGAUGGUUUCCAAGGAGAUGCGUUGAGAAGUGCCAUUACGACAYGGCUGCCAGCGAAAGCACCAGCGAUAAGAAAGUAAACUAAGGUGUCAGCAGAGGAGCCGGACCGAAACUUUCUGUCCGUGUUUAUAAAUGUUUGUCUACUGAAGAUGUCACGCCUGAGGCUGCAGCCUCAAAUAAUUUUAUCCUUUGAUUAAAUAUGCUCAAACUUUUCAUUGCUAAGGCUGCAUCUAAGUCUUACUGAGCAUUUUGCUGUUAAAUGUCUAGAAAAGAGCAGUUUGUGAGAGGRUUUAGUUUGACUUCUCUGACCAAAAAAACCUACCCAACAAGAGUCUUAAUUUUCAACAGUUGCCAACAGGCUUUUAUGUGACUUCAUUAUAAUUGUGACUUUUUUUUUCUUUACUUGAAUUUGUUCUUACUUUUUUGUUGUUGUUUUUUUUUCUACUUAUGCAAUGCCUCUGCCCAGCUAACCGCAGGGCUUCAUAAUGCAACUCUUUCUACAGAAUGGAGAUAACACUUUUUAUUUUUUUGUAAAAAGAAAUUGUUUGCCUCAAAGUAUAAAUUGCUGAUUAUAAAAAAGAAAAACCUUCCACACGACUGGCUGUUUGUCUCAGCUUUUGUAAUUGCUUUAAAUUUUCUUGUUAUAAUACUUGAGUUUUUGAAAAGCCCCAGGCUUAAAAAAAUAAUAAAUUGUGUAGAAGAAAAAAACAACAGUGCCUGCUAUGAAACUGCUACUGAACUUUUAUGAAAUUGCCUGUCGAGCAGCUGGAAAUGCAUGAACAAUUUUUAGCUAAAUAAUCUCUGCGCUUUAUAGCUGAAUAAAUGCCUUAUGGCUCUUCUAGUACUUUACUCUUUUAA